CGGGCGAGCUCGCGGGCCCGGCCCCAGCUCUCCGGUGCCCCGCCGGUUGCCGGCGGUCCCCGCCCCCCGCCGAGUGCAUGAGGUUGACGCUACUUUGUUGCACCUGGAGGGAAGAACGUAUGGGAGAGGAAGGAAGCGAGUUGCCUGUGUGUGCGAGCUGCGGCCAGAAGAUCUAUGACGGCCAGUACCUCCAGGCCCUGAACGCUGACUGGCAUGCAGACUGCUUCAGGUGUUGUGAGUGUAGCGCCUCCCUUUCACACCAGUACUAUGAGAAGGAUGGACAGCUCUUCUGCAAGAAGGACUACUGGGCCCGCUAUGGCGAGUCUUGCCACGGGUGCUCUGAACACAUCACCAAAGGGCUGGUCAUGGUGGCCGGGGAGCUGAAGUACCACCCCGAGUGCUUCAUCUGCCUCACCUGUGGAACCUUCAUCGGCGAUGGGGACACCUACACACUGGUGGAGCACUCUAAGCUGUACUGCGGCCACUGCUACUACCAGACUGUGGUAACUCCAGUCAUCGAACAGAUCCUGCCUGACUCGCCCGGCUCCCACCUGCCCCACACAGUCACCCUAGUGUCCAUCCCAGCCUCCGCUCAUGGCAAACGAGGCCUGUCUGUCUCCAUCGACCCCCCUCAUGGCCCACCGGGCUGUGGCACGGAGCACUCACACACCGUCCGAGUCCAAGGGGUGGACCCUGGCUGCAUGAGCCCAGAUGUGAAGAAUUCCAUCCACGUUGGAGACCGCAUCUUGGAAAUCAACGGCACACCCAUCCGGAAUGUGCCGCUGGACGAGAUCGACCUGCUGAUCCAGGAGACCAGCCGCCUGCUCCAGCUGACCCUUGAGCACGACCCCCAUGACUUACUGGGCCACGGGCCAGGGUCGGAGCCCAGCCCCCUGCCCUCCCCAGUGCACGCUCCCAGCGGCCAGGCAGGCAGCUCUGCCCGGCAGAAACCAGUCUUGAGGAGCUGCAGUAUUGACACGUCCCCGGGUGCCAGCUCACCAGCCUCCCAGCGCAAGGACCUGGGUCGCUCCGAAUCCCUCCGAGUGGUCUGCCGACCACACCGCAUCUUCCGGCCAUCUGACCUCAUCCAUGGGGAGGUGUUGGGCAAGGGCUGUUUCGGCCAGGCCAUCAAGGUGACACACCGAGAAACAGGCGAAGUGAUGGUGAUGAAGGAGCUCAUCCGCUUUGACGAGGAGACCCAGAGGACAUUCCUCAAGGAGGUGAAGGUCAUGCGGUGCCUGGAGCACCCGAACGUGCUCAAGUUCAUCGGUGUGCUGUACAAGGACAAGCGGCUGAACUUCAUCACAGAGUACAUUAAGGGUGGCACCCUGCGGGGCAUCAUCAAGAGCAUGGACAGCCAGUACCCGUGGAGUCAGAGGGUCAGCUUUGCCAAGGACAUUGCAUCAGGGAUGGCCUACCUCCAUUCGAUGAACAUCAUCCACCGAGACCUCAACUCCCACAACUGUCUGGUCCGUGAGAACAAGAACGUGGUGGUGGCCGACUUUGGGCUGGCUCGGCUCAUGGUCGAUGAGAAGACUCAGUCUGAAGACUUGCGCAGCCUCAAGAAGCCGGACCGCAAGAAGCGGUACACAGUGGUGGGCAACCCCUACUGGAUGGCACCAGAGAUGAUCAAUGGCCGUAGCUAUGACGAGAAGGUGGACGUGUUUUCCUUUGGAAUCGUCCUAUGUGAGAUUAUUGGGCGUGUGAAUGCAGACCCUGAUUAUCUGCCCCGAACUAUGGACUUUGGCCUCAAUGUGCGGGGUUUCUUGGACCGCUACUGUCCACCAAAUUGUCCCCCAAGUUUCUUCCCCAUCACUGUGCGCUGCUGUGACCUGGAUCCUGAGAAAAGGCCCUCUUUUGUAAAGCUGGAACAAUGGCUGGAAACGCUUCGCAUGCACUUGGCUGGUCACCUGCCACUGGGCCCACAGCUGGAACAACUGGAGCGGGGCUUCUGGGAGACCUACCGGCGGGGCGAGAGCUCCCUGCCUGCCCACCCCGAGGUCCCCGACUGAGCCCAAUUGACCCUGGAAUCCUCAUCCCCGCCUCUGGAGAAUACACCCUCACCAGAUUCUUCAGCAGGAGGUGGCCUAGGCAUGGAGCCCUCAUCAGGGCAGUGGUGCCCAGACCCCUACCCCUGACCCAGGCCCUGAUUUGCCUUCUCCCCUCAUGCGGGGUGCCCCUAGCCUCUCUCUGCCUCUGGCCCCCAAGUCACCAGGCUGCACACACACACACACACACACA